AUGCAGAACAUGCAAAGGCGCUUUGGGCGCAUGACAACCAAGCAAUCAGCAGAUGACAGCCAGAUUGCUGUGUUGUUGAAGGACUUUGACGAUGCUGAUAUGCUCCUGGGCAAGAUCGUGGACUCCACCAAAGCCUGGCGUGAUACUUGGGUCUCUAUCGCAACAUACCAGAGUCGAAUGAUUGAUGAGUUCGACGGGCUCUACGGUCCUAUUAUCGGCUCCUCAGAAACCCCGUCCAACCACAACCCGGUGGAAACAGACCCAGUCAGGCUAGCUCGGACAAAUCGACUACGCAAAGAAUAUGAUGAACUGCGGACUGAUCUGCUGGAAGAGCUCAAUGCUGUCGAGGAUCGCAUGACGCGGCCAGCUGCUCAUGCCAAGGAAUCCUUGCUGCCCAUGAAGAAGACAAUCAAGAAGCGCAAUGAUAAGAAGGCUGACUUUGAACGCUUCCAAGGCCGUGUUGAUGGCCUCUUGAAAAAGCCCAAGCGCUCCGAUCGCGACAAUAUGAACCUAGCCAAAGCAGAGACGGAGCUUGCCAAUGCGAAAGUGGUUUACCAAGCAGCCGACGAUGACCUUCGCCAACGCCUCCCAACCCUAAUCUCUCUGGUCUUCUCUUUGACUCCAUACCUCCUGGAAGCCCAAGUCGAGAUCCAAAACCGUAUGCUAGCACACUACUACACAGUCCUACACACCUACUGCGAAGAAGAAGGCUUCACCUCUCCUCCUCCGCCAAUGGAUCAAAUCGUCCAAGACUGGGAAUACGCCUACAACCCUAUCCAGUCGCAUAUCGAAAGCUUCGGCUGCCUCCAACAAGGCAAAGCCCUCCGCAAAGCAUCAGCCGACCAGCAAAACGGCAAACGGCCCUCGAUAGGCGACCGCAAAGGAAGCACCGCCUCCUCACUAUCAACCCUCUCAAUUCGCAAGGGAUCAACAGCCCCAACCCCAAACCUAGGACCCAACUCUUGCGUCCCCGAAGACUCGCCCUCGCCUCCUCUAUCAACUACAACCCAUCACAACGUAACAGUCUCCAGCUCUGGUGCCACAACACCCCUCUCCACAGGCGGUGAUUCCUUCAUGCCUACCCCACCAGCAUCCAUGCCAGCGAAGCCCAUGCCGCAGGGCGUCAUGCAGUUCGCACCCGCUGGUCCCAACAUAGAUUACUUCCAGUCUUCGGCGUCAGCCUCGCCGAGGGGCGGAACACCCAUGGAUACGGCCACUGCAAUCGCUGCAAAGAAGAAGCGUCCUCCACCGCCCCCUCCCAAGCGUGCUGCGACCUUUGUAACCGCACUAUAUGAUUUCGGUGGGCAGGGUGGUGAUGAUUUGGUUUUCCGCGAAGGUGAUCAAAUUCGCAUUGUUCAGAAAUCUGAUAGUACGGAUGAUUGGUGGGAAGGUGAGUUGAGGGGGCAGAAGGGAUUCUUCCCUGCGAAUUAUGUUGAGUGA